GUACUGUUUAGUUAUCAGUUGUCAGUGGUAACAGUGUCAUAGUGAACAGUUUGUAUGCAAGUUGGUUAGUUUGUACACGAACAGAAAGCAUAUCUUAUAAACUAAGAUUGGAUUCUGUAAACCACAUUUAUAAAAACUAAAAAUGAGCCAACGGCAGGUUCUUCAAGUUUUUGAGCAGUAUCAGAAAGCAAGAACACAGUUUGUACAGACUGUUGCUGAGUUAUCCUCAAGGCCACAGAACAUUGAGACCCUUCAGAAUGCAGGGGUUAUGUCCCUACUGAGACCCUUGCUGCUGGACAUUGUACCAACUAUCCAGCAGACUGCUGCCCUGGCUCUUGGUAGACUGGCCAACUACAAUGAUGAUCUGGCUGAAGCUGUGGUCAAGGGUGACAUUUUACCCCAAUUGGUGUAUUCCCUUGCAGAACAAAAUAGAUUUUACAAGAAAGCAGCUGCCUUUGUACUACGAGCUGUUGCAAAGCACUCACCACAGCUUGCUCAGUCAGUUGUUGACUGUGGGGCACUAGAUGCACUGGUUAUUUGUCUCGAAGAGUUUGACCCAGGUGUUAAAGAAGCUGCAGCAUGGGCCCUUGGUUACAUUGCAAGACACAAUGCAGAGCUGGCCCAGGCAGUUGUAGAUGCGGGAGCAGUGCCCCUGCUUGUGUUGUGCAUCCAGGAACCAGAGCUCUCCCUGAAGCGCAUUGCUGCCUCAGCUCUCAGCGACAUAUGUAAACACUCUCCAGAGCUAGCGCAGACUGUUGUAGAUGCUGGAGCGAUUGCCCAUCUCGCUCAGAUGAUUCUGAACCCUGAUGCUAAACUUAAACGUCAAGUGUUCUCAGCUCUGAGUCAGAUCUCCAAGCACUCGGUAGAUCUUGCAGAGAUGGUUGUGGAGGCCGAGAUAUUCCCAGCGGUGUUGACCUGCCUGAAGGACCCUGAUGAGUAUGUGAAGAAGAACGUUGCAACACUGAUCAGAGAGAUUGCUAAACACACACCUGAGCUGUCCCAGCUGAUAGUGAAUGCAGGUGGUGUGGCAGCUGUGGUGGACUACGUUGGAGAAUCAAAGGGCAAUGUCAGACUGCCUGGUAUAAUGAUGUUGGGUUACGUGGCAGCACACAGUGAGAAUCUGGCAAUGGCCGUCAUAGUAUCAAAGGGUGUAGUUCAGUUAGCCAUAGCUCUAUCGGAAGAACCAGAGGACCAUAUUCAGGCUGCGUCGGCAUGGGCGCUGGGACAGAUUGGCCGUCACACUCCCGAACACGCCAAGGCCGUCGCUGUGGCCAAUGUUCUGCCUAAACUCCUUCAGUGCUAUCUACGAGCUGACGCCUCUGAAGACCUACAGACCAAGAGUAAGAAAGCUUUAAAGAACAUCCUACAGAAAUGUGUGCAUCUCCCCGCCCUGGAACCCCUCCUACAUGACGCUCCACCCAAUAUCCUCAAGCACGUUGUGGGCCAGUUCAGCAAGGUGCUUCCACAUGACUCCAAGGCUAGGAGACUGUUUGUUACCAGUGCAGGCUUGAAAAAGAUACAGGAGAUCAAGGCAGAACCGGGAUCCGCACUCGCAGAAUAUAUCAACACAAUAAAUAACUGCUAUCCAGAAGAAAUUGUCAAAUACUAUUCCCCCGGUUAUUCCGAUGCCCUCCUUGAGCGAGUAGAACAGUUCAACCCCAAAGCAUAGAGACUUGAUCAGAAACCUGUGUUUCAUUUCAUCAUUCACUUUCGUGCAUUUACACUGCAGUCAAAAAAGACAUUGAACAAUGAAAAUGAUGUACUACCUGGAAUUAAAAUAUUUGUGAAAAUUUUGCUAUAUUUUUGUUUAUUUUCAAGCUUUGCAUGUUUUGCAUUUUGAGGUUAAUAUUGUUAUAAUUAAGCCCAAUUUAUUGGAAAAUUUAUACGUAUCCAAUUGUUACAGAGAUUUGUUGCGUCAGAUGUUACUUCUUUAUGGUAUUGGUGUUAAAUGAUACAUUUUGAUAGCCCAGGGAUAAUUUUAUGACUAGUUUUAUGACCAGUGAUAAAUGACUGCUAUAUAUAGAUCUUGGUAAAAAUAUUCAUACAAAGUUUUUCAUAAACAAAUAAAUGUUUCUGGAAAUAAGUUGAAAGCAAUCAAAAUUGCACACUUCCGUGCUCAGCUAUUUUUGUUUUGUUAUACUUUUUAAUAUUAGAUCAACCCUAGAUGAUUUCAAUUGCGUAUGUAACAAUUUCAACAUUGUGUUUCUGUCUUUAUUCCAAAUGUAUCCUGUUCUGUGAUAGACUUAUCAGCAAAUAAAAUUAUCUGCCAUUCAGAUGAAGGUGAAGCAACUUGUUUUACAUGUACUUGCAUUUGAUAUGAAACGUUGGGAACUAUUUCACAGAUGUCAACUAAAAUGCCAUUUUUAAUUGAUUAUGUUUUGCUUAUCAAGUGUGAAAAAGCCAGUUGACAUAACCAACUUUUGCAAGGAUUUUAUUUAUUCUGUUAUGUACAGCAAAUAUAUGGUUAAGAAAUAAAACUAAAACUUAA